AUGGAGCAGGUAUCAUCAACAGGCAGACCUGUGCAGAUCACUGUGACAGAUGGAUAUGAAUUGAGAGGUUUUAAAGGAGAUACCCCAGUUACCUUUAUUCGUGCAGAAUUUAAUCAGGCAGUUCUGGGAGACUCUGCAAAAAUUACUGUUUCUUCAGAAGGAACUGCAAAAUACAACUUCACUAGCAGUUUUGAGUUCAAUCCUGAAGGAGGAAUCACUUUAGAUGACCUCGCCCACAAACCUGUGUUCUUAACUAUGACUGAAGUUUUGCCAAAGGAAAAGAAACAGAAAGAUGAGAAGACCUUAAUUGUUGGUCAAGCUGUGGUGGACCUUCUUCCUUUAGUGGAAGGAGAGAGUUCAUUUGAAACAAUGGUCCCACUGCACCCUGUGCUAGGUUCUCCCUUAGAGCCUCUUCAACCAGGUAUUAAGCAGUGUAGUCUCGAAGUUAAAGUAUCUGUGGCGGAGCCUUUAUUGACAACAGCCCAGAUCUUAGGAGGCAACCUCCUGAAGGUCACAUUGGAGGCUGCCUACUCUGUGCCUGAAUCCUUCAUUCCAAUAGGGCCCCUGCAGAACUACAUGGUCAGUCUGCAAGUUCCAUCAGCUGGAGAGAAAGACUAUACUAUUUUCUUCAAGAAUGGUACUCUGAAGCUUGGAGGGGAAAGAGAACCUGUUCCCCGGCCCAAAAAAUGGCCUAUUGCCAACAUUCUGGCUCCAGGAGCUAAUAACAUUCCUGAUGCGUUCAUUGUUGGUGGGCCCUAUGAGGAAGAAGAUGGAGAGCUAAACCACCCUGAGGACAGGGAAUUUAGGAACCAAUCAGAGAGCAUAAAGAAAAGGAUUACUUGGGACUUGGAAAGUCGUUGCUAUCUUGAUCCUCCCGCAGUGGUCAGUUUUCAGAAGCGAAUUGCUGAUUGCCGUUUAUGGCCUGUUGAAAUCACAAGAGUUCCUCUGGUCACUGCACCCAAAGGGAAAACUGCCAAAUUUGAUAAGAUGGACGAUGAAAAUUCACUUUCAUUUCAUGGUGUGGCUUAUGUUAAUAUGGUCCCAUUGCUGUAUCCAGGUGUGAAGAGGAUUCGGGGAGCUUUUCAUGUUCACCCUUACAUAGACAGUAUAGUCUAUGAAAAGACCAAGUGUUUAUUUAGCGUGUUUCGAGAUACUGGGCAUAAUUUGAUUCCAAAUAACAAAAUAGGAGGAGUUAAUUCUCCAUUGUCCAAACCAGUUAUUUCUAAGAACCUGAAAGAAGAAAAAAUAGUAAGAAAAAAUAUGGAAGAAAGGCCUAGGCCUGGGGAUGUGCAAGCAUCUAGUAUAAAAUCUCAGAGCUCAGAUACUCCUUUGGAAACGGAAUCCUCUCUAAAUCACAAUCCAGAAGGACAGCAAUAUGUAGAAGCAGGGACAUACAUUGUGUUGGAGAUUCAGCUGGACAAAGCUUUGGUUCCUAAGCGAAUGCCAGAAGAGCUAGCCAGACGGGUCAAGGAAAUGAUUCCUCCAAGGCCGCCUCUUACCCGCAGGACAGGAGGAGCUCAGAAGGCGGUGAGUGACUACCACAUGCAGAUCAAGAGCAUUUCCAGAGUCAUUCUGGAUGAGUAUCACAGGAUGUUUGGAAAACAGGUGGCCAAACUGGACAGUGAUAUAGAUAGUGAAACCCUGGAGGAACAGAAGUGCCAGCUCAACUAUGAACUUAAUUGCUCUGGAAAAUACUUUGCUUUCAAAGAACAGCUCAAGCAUGCUGUGGUAAAGAUUGUGAGAGAGAAGUACUUGAAAACAACACCAUUUGAAAGCCAGGAGACACUGCAGACAUUCAUUAGUGAGCUCUAUGUGUUCUUGGUGGAUCAGAUGCAUGUGGCCUUAAACCAAACUAUGCCAGAUGAUGUCCAAGGUGCUGUCUCAACCAUUCAUAUGAGCAGUGAACAGCUUCGACUCUUUGCAUUUGAAGCAGAAGUCAAUGAGAACUUUGAAAUGGCAGAAGUAUAUUAUGAAGAGAGGUUGGUUCGUGAGCCCCAGAACCUGGAACACUGGCUGGACUAUGGUGCCUUCUGCCUCCUAACUCAGGACAACACCAAAGCACAAGAGUGUUUUCGGAAAGCCCUGUCCCUCAACCAGAAUCAUAUCCACAGCUUGUUGCUGUGUGGUGUCCUGGCUGUCCUGUUGGAGAACUAUGAGCAGGCAGAAGUUUUCUUUGAGGAUGCUACUUGCUUGGAACCAACGAAUGUUGUAGCCUGGACUUUACUUGGUUUAUAUUAUGAAAUUCAAAACAAUGAUAUUCGAAUGGAAAUGGCAUUUCAUGAGGCCCUCAAACAGCUUCAGGCACGAGUAACAAAGCAGAAGAGCACUGGUACUCUUCUUGAAAUACCAGUUGAAGAAGGAGGGAAAGUUACUGUAGAGUCCAGUUUAGGCAUCUGCAGAAUGGCUAGUGGUUCUUCUACAGGAGCACUCAAGGUGGACGCCCCAACAGGACCAACAGCUCCAUCAUCUAUUCUAGAUGAACUUCUUGAAGAACCCUCCAAACUGCAGUUACAAUUGCAAGAACCAGUUCUGUCUGUACAAUCUCAGGAUCCAACAAUCAGCCAAAGACCAUCCAACCAAUUUGCCAAGGAGAUAUCAACAAAAAGAGAAGCAUCAAAAUGUCAAGAUUCAUCAAUUUUUCUGCAUCCUACCCCUUAUGGUGUUUCCCAAACUUCUACCAUCUUCAUGGAGACCAUACGCUUCUUGAUGAAGGUCAAUGCUGUACAGUAUGUGCAUAGAGUGCUUGCACAUGAGCUGUUAUGUCCUCAAGGAGGCCCCAGCUGUGAGUAUUACUUGGUGCUGGCUCAGACACACCUUCUCAAGAAGGACUUUGCCAAGGCAGAGGAAUGCCUUCAACAAGCAGCCCAGAUGGACUACCUGAACCCUAACGUCUGGGGUUUGAAGGGCCAUCUCUAUUUUCUGAGUGGAAAUCAUGCUGAGGCCAAGGCAUGCUAUGAGAGAACCGUUAGUUUUGUAGUGGAUGCUUCUGAGAUGCACUUCAUCUUCCUGCGACUGGGGCACAUCUAUCUGGAAGAUAAAGAGUAUGAAAAGGCAAAGAAAACCUACCUGCAAGCCUGUAAGAGAUCACCUUCAUGCCUCACAUGGCUAGGACUGGGAAUUGCCUGUUAUCGGCUGGAGGAGAUCACGGAGGCAGAGGAUGCUCUCUCUGAAGCUAAUGCAUUGAACAACAACAAUGCUGAGGUGUGGGCCUAUCUGGCUCUGGUCAGCCUGAAAGCUGGACGGCAACUGGAAGCUGAGCAAGCCUACAAGUACACAAAAAAGCUAAAUUUGAAAGAUGAGACUCUGCUUGCAGAGAUCCACAUGUUACAGGAGACUGUUGGCUUUGGAAAUCCAUCUUUCUGA